AUGGCAUCAGAAGUAACAGUACGCUAUGCAUGUCGGGAAGAUAUCCCCGGAAUCCUCAAACUCAUCCACGAACUAGCAGACUACGAGCAUGAAUCAGCCUCUGUACUAGCCACCCCAGAGUCUCUAGCCAAAACCAUCGCUUUCGCGCCUUCAGGUCUCGUGUCUCCGUCCAACACCACUCCCUCAACAGGAGACUCUAUUUCCCCAACACGACCCGCGCGCUGUCUUCUCCUCUUCCCUCCAUCUACAGAAUCCUCCAAUGACAGUGAACCCGCAGGAAUGGCGCUGUAUUUCUACAAUUACAAUCAUGAGGGUAGAUAA